AUGGUAUUCGCGCGGUCGGCCUUUGGCGGCAUUGGUCAGAAUGCCGAGACGGAGGAAGGGAGAGAAGGGCGCACGGGUAGCCAGGAAGUCAGGGAGAGGAGGGCGGAGAUCCACCGAGAUUGGGAGGCUACGCUAUCCGGUUUCUGGUUUUCGCUGACUGGACUGGACGGCCAGACCGGCGCCGGAAUGGCUGGAAAGGAGCGGGUCGUCAUCCUGGGCUCCGGCUGGGCGGGCUAUUCCUUCGCCAAGGACCUCGAUCCCGAGAAGUAUGAGCGCAUUGUUGUCUCCCCGCGCUCCUACUUCGUCUUCACCCCCCUUCUCGCCUCCACUGCCGUCGGUACUCUCGAGUUCCGUACCGUCUUGGAGCCCAUCCGCCGCCUGAACCACGGCAUCGGCUUCCACCAGGGUUGGGCCCAGGAUAUCGACUUCGCCAACAAGACCAUCCGCGUCGAGGCCAACGCCAAUGCCGAUUCUGCCAGCAAGGCUGUUGUCCCCAUCGGCCAGGGCGGCCAGCUCAACCAGGCCACCGCCAGGGGCGCUGCCUUCGACGUCCCCUAUGACAAGCUCGUCAUUGCUUGCGGUGCCUAUUCCCAGACCUUCGGCAUCGAGGGCGUCCGUGAGCACGCUAACUUCCUCCGCGAUAUUGGUGAUGCCCGCCGCAUCCGCUUGAGGAUCCUUUCCCUCUUCGAGCAGUGCGCCUACCCCAAGGGCUCCGGCACCCUCACUGAUGAGGACCGCGCCAACCUCCUCCACUUCGCCAUUGUCGGUGGUGGCCCUACCGGUAUCGAGUUCAGCGCCGAGCUCCACGAUCUCAUCCACGACGAUCUUGCCAAGAUGUACCCCGACCUCCUCAAGUUCGUCAAGAUCACCGUCUACGAUGUCUCCCCCAAGGUUCUCCCCAUGUUCGACCAGGCUCUUUCCAAGUAUGCCAUGGAUGCCUUCAGGCGUCAGAAGAUCGAGAUCCGCACUCAGCACAACAUCGAGCGCGUCCGCCUCGCCGAUGGCAAGCUCGGUUCCGAGCACGGUGAGCUGAAGCUCAAGAUCAAGCAGUACGGUGACAAGGAGGUCGGUGCCGGUCUCGUCGUCUGGUCCACUGGUCUCAUGGCCAACCCCCUCAUCAAGCAGCUCGCCUCCAAGGACUUCGCUAUCCCCAUCUCUCCUGAGGACCGCGCCGAGGCCCGCCGCCCCAAGGCCAAGCUCGCCACCGACCCCCGCACCGGCGGCAUCCUCGUUGACGAGCACUUCCGUGUCCGCAUCGAGACCCAGGCCGCCGAGCAGGCUGCCAAGGGCUCCGAGGUCGUCCCCACCUCCGGCAGCAACAGCCUCCUCCGUGACGUCUUCGUCCUCGGCGACGCCGCCGUUAUCGAGAGCCAGCGCACCCUCCCCAAGACCGCCCAGGUCGCCGCUCAGCAGGCCACCUACCUCGCCAAGGUCCUCAACAAGGCCAACGAGGGCGUCGUCGACGUCAAGAACGCCCCUGGCUUCAAGUUCCGCAACUGGGGUGUCAUGACCUACCUCGGCAGCUGGAAGGCCAUCCACCAGGGUCCCCGCGACGAGCUCCGUGGCUGGGCCGCCUGGGUCCUAUGGCGUUCCGCCUACCUGGCCAAGUCCAUGUCCCUCAGGAACAAGUUCCUCGUGCCCGUCUACUGGCUCGUUUCCUGGAUCUUCGGCCGUGGUAUCUCUCGCUUCUAA